AUGACCUCUCUAGCUGAUGGCUUUGAGCAGACCCUGGCAUCUAUUGAAAGAGAGGCCCAGACGCCCCCGCCCGGGGGCCUGGCGCUAGCCGUGGCACUGCUGGUGGUGCUGGUGCUGCUGGCCGCAGGGGCCCUGCUGCUGUGGUUCGUGCUCGCCAGGAAGAAGCGGAACGACUCAAAGGACCACAAGAGCAACGGGGCAAUCCCCCUGAAGAGGAACCGAGGAGGUGCAAGCAAGCUGCGCACGCAGAUCCCGGUGGCUGAACUGCUGGAGUCUCUGAAGCGGUUUAAGAAAGCGGAACUGGAGGAGGAGGGGGCAGAGGACGACGCAAAUCCCGAACGGCCCCCAGUGGGGCGCAAUGCGGAGUACCAGAAACUGGUCUCGGGUUUGCUGCACCCAGGCCAUACUGGCAAGGAGCCCUGCAACCAGGCCAAGAACCGCUACAAGAGCGUCAUCCCAUACGAUCACUGCCGUGUGGUGCUGCAGUCUGCUAGCCCGGGAGCUGAUUACAUCAAUGCCAGCUACGUCGAUAGCUACAGGAGCCCCUGCUUCUUCAUCGCUGCUCAGGGCCCGCUGCCUGGCACCGUGGUGGAUUUCUGGCAGAUGAUCUGGCAGGAGAAGACCUCAGCCAUUGUGAUGUUAACGGGCCUGGUGGAGCAGAACAAGACCAAGUGUGAGCAGUACUGGCCGGAGGGCGAGCAGGUGUACGGGGACUUCACGGUGACACUCAGCAACACCUGGAUAACCACGGGCCUGGUCACACGCACCUUCCGCCUGCAGAGGGCCGGUUCUCCUCUCCCGAGGCACAUACAGCAGUUUCACUACCUGCUGUGGCCAGACCACGGGGUCCCCAGCAACACGGCCCGGCUCCUGCAGCUGGUGGAGAUGGUGAACGAGAGGGUGUCGGAGGCGCCUGCCGGCCCCGUGCUCGUGCACUGCAGUGCAGGGAUCGGCCGCACAGGCACCUUCAUCGCCCUGGACUUCCUCCUGAAGAUGGCGCGGGCCGAGGGCAGCGUGGAUGUCUUCCGCUGCGUGCAGAGGCUGCGGGAGCAGCGGGUCAGCAUGGUGCAGACAAAGGAGCAGUACAUCUUCCUCUACGAGGUGCUGCUGGAGGGGCUGCUGUGCGGGAACACCGGGGUCCUGGCGGAGAGCGCCCCCAGCCACGUCAGCCGCCUACGCCAGCCCGACGCCCAGACGCAGAUCAACGGGUUCUCGCGGGAGUUCAAGGCCUUGCAGAAGUUUUCCGAACUCUCCGCGCUCUCCCCAUGCAAGGAGGCCCAGCAGCCCAGCAACCAGCCCAAGAACCGCAAGCCAGCGAUCCUGCCAGCGGAUUGCAGCCGCCCCAUCCUGAUGUCCUCCCUGAAAGCGGACGGCUCGCCUGGCUACAUCAACGCGGUCUUUGUGAGCACGUACGCGGAAGACGACACCGUCAUCGUCACCCAGCUGCCGCUCAGGGAGACACUGGUGGAUUUCUGGGCCUUGCUCUGGGACUACACCUGCACCGCACUGGUCAUGCUGAACCGCCUCGAGGAGCUGGACCAGACAUACCUGGCGUUCUGGCCUGCGCACGGAGAGGCCUCUUACGGCCGUUUCCACGUCAAGCUGAUCUCGGAGGAGCCGGGAGCUGGCUUCACCAUCCGCACACUCGCUGUAACCAACAGGCAACAGCCUAAGAAGGCCGCGCGGGAGAUCAGGUUCUGGCAAGUAGACGACUGGCCCAUGCAGCAGCAGCUCCCCCCACACCCUGCCACCAUCAUCAGCCUGCUGGGGGAGGUGGAGCGGAGCCAGCGGACAAGCCAGGACAGCCACGUUCUCGUCACUUGCUGGGACGGUGCCAGCCGCUGCGGGCUCUUCUGUGCCGCCAGCUUCGUGUGCGAGCAGAUCCGCAGCGAGGGGCUGCUGGACGUCUCGCAGGCGGUGAGAAUGCUGAAGCGCCGGCGACGGCAGAUGAUCAAGGACGUGGCGCAGUACACGUUCUGCUACGAAUUAGCCCUGAGCUACCUGGACUCAGUAAAAAUCUAUGGGAAUUUCAAAUAGAGGCGAGCAAGAGACCGUCUCGAGUCAGGACCUGCCACUGCUGCUGCUUCUCGUGGCACCUCCGUGCUGCUCUGUGCCCAGGCAGACGCCCUGUCCUGGGGAGCGAGCCGGGGCCAUGGAACCUGGCAGAGACGAGGAGGGUCCUGGUGGUGCCGGCUGGAACGCUCUGCACUCCUGACACUCCGUACCCUGGAGCCCACACAGCUGGCUGAAGCAGACAAUUUCCUCUGGGAUCAUUUCCGGGGCGUGGGUUGAUCCCAGACUUUGCCCAGCCAGGGACUUGGGCGGUAACUUACCUGGACCCAGUGAGUGUGCACUGUGACGUCUCAGGGUUAGCCGAGGUGUCCAGGGGGAGUCGCUACCGCCGCUCAGAGCGGGAGGGAGCCCUGGCCAUGCCCACCAGGAAAACUCUCCCAGAGUCCCGGCUGCCGGCAACACGAGCUCUCCACUCCGGGCUCCGCCAGCCCUGUGCCUUCCCUCUGCAGGCUGGUCAUUUACACGCCCUGCCCGGUUCCACUCCCGGGCCUGAUCCUGCGUCUCCUGGACCCCAGCAACACACACCGAUCUGCUGCCCUGUGGAAACGGCGCCUCAGUGUAUCAGCUUCACCUCGGUUCAACCCACAUUUUAGGUGCAGCCCAGCC